AUGCCUGCCACCGUCUUGCAGGAUACGACCUUGUUUCUUUCCACUUACCCACUCACCUCUCUGCUCACAUUCAUCUUCCUGGUCUCCAUCUCCUACAUCAUCUACCAAACAGUCUUACACCCACUGGCGAGAUUCCCCGGCCCCAUCAUCUGCUCCCUCUCAGACUCAUAUAAACUAUGGAUAACCGCCACCGACUGCGUUCCGGAGGCCAUGGUCGCCCUGCAUGCCAAGUACGGCGACAUCGUACGCAUUGGUCCGAGUGAUUUACAUUUCAACCAGCCUGAAGCUGUGGAAGGCAUCUACAAGCGUGGUUGGCCGAAAGGCGACUUCUAUCUCGGUUUUGAUCAGAAGAACCCUGGUUUGUUCUCGGAGAGGAAUGAAGUGGUCCAUGGGAAGCGGAAGCGGAUGUUUGGGAACAACUUCACCCCAACUGCGAUCAGGUCGUACGAGAGCAUUGUCGAUGGUCGGUAUGCGAUCUUGAGGAAGCAGUUGGAUCGGUUUGCGGAGAGUGGGGAGGUGUUCGACUUGAGGAAGUACAUCACGUACUGCAUCGUGGACAUCCUGGGUGAGCUAGCGUUCAGCGAGGCGUUCGGGAAUCAGGACGACGAAGAUCCUAAGAAGAUUCCCAGAGUCAGCGAGGCGCUUUGGAGUUGUUGUGUUGCCGGGAGUAUGCCGAGUAUGGCAGGAGCGAUGGAGUGGUUGAAAGAUCACUUGCCUCAGUCAGCGGAGGUCGCGGAACUGCUGGAAGGGAGGAAUGUCAUCUUCCGACUGGCCCUGACGAAUAUCGAGAAGAGGUCGAAAAAGUUGAAUCUUGAUGAGAGGCCAGACAUGCUUGGCAGGAUCAUCGCUGCGAGCGAGGAGGGAACAGGAGCGAAGUUGACGCAGGCGCAAGUCAUGGCGGAGGCGAUUACGUUGGUUGUGGGAGGAACGCAUACGACGGGGAAUACGCUGCAUCUCCUCUUUGCGAACCUCGCACGAAAUGAAGAGUAUCUCAAGAGAUGUGUAAAGGAGAUCGACGAGAGACUCCCAGCCCUCGAAGUCGGAAAGCCUUGCUACGAAAUCACAGGACUGGAAGAGAAGUUGGAUUUCGUGAAAGCAUGUAUCAAGGAGAACUUUCGCAAAGAUCCCGUGGGGACGUUUAAUAUGCCCCGGACUGUGCCAGAGCAGGGAGCUUCCAUUGCAGGGGUCCAAAUCCCUGCAGGCACCCAGGUUUCCAUGAACAUCCAUGCGUUUCAUCAUAACCCCUCUGUAUGGGGUCCGGAUCACGACGUCUUCGAUCCGGAUCGCUGGUAUGAUCAACGGAAUGAUGGGUUGUCCAACCUUGUGAUCCCAUACUCAGUCGGCAAGCGGUCUUGCGUGGGUCAGAACCUGGCGAAUGCGAACGUCCUGAAGAUGACGACAACGCUGUUGAGAUGCUACGAGUUUGAGUUUGUGAAUAAGGAUGAGCCGAUGGUGGUCGUCUCGCAUGGAGACUCUGAUCUGCGAACACCGGUCUUGGUGAAGGUGAAGCGAAGAGGGCCUGUGUUUGCAGGGUAA